CAUCAUCUCUCAUCAUUAGAUUUCAGGGAAAAAACACAAUCCAGCCUCGCCAUGAAUAUUGUUCUGCAACCAGCCGAAACAUUCUUCCUGCGGCACUCUUCCACAGGCCGAUGACUUUCCAAUGUUGCACAAACACCACGAAACGCCGCGUCCAGGAUCCGAAAAUAGAAUGUUGCGGCGAGUCUGUCCACGUGCCUGAUGAAUAACAACGUCUCCACAUGUACAACGAGCGAGACUUCAUUUGGUGUCAGUCAACACAAUUCACCACCUCGAUCACGCUUCGUCGAGGUUGGUCUGUACACAGAAGGACCCGCCAUGGCGCCGCCAGAUAGUCAACCGGCCAGCCACCAGUGGCAGCCCGAUCUUGUCUGUGGAAUCGACUUUGGAAUGACCUGUACAGGAGUCGCGUGGGCUCUUUUCAACGAGAUGACAACCGACUGGUCUCAAUUACGGCAGAUGCGAAGAUGGCCGGGUCAGAACAGUAGCCUGGAAAAGGUGCCCACCGAGCUCAUCUACAGUGGCGGCAACACUGUACAGCUGUGGGGUGCCGAGUGCAAGGCUCUGGCCUCGCAGGACGAAAGGAUCCGGACGAAAAGGCUGUUCAAGAACGCCAUGUCGACUCGUGAUGUCGGCCCUGCUGCCCACGGCCAUGAAGUUGAAAAUGCUCGGCGUUAUUUCAAGGACUUUCUCACCCAAGUACAUGCUCACGUCGAGGCCUCGCUUGCCAAACAGAUCAACGACUUCAAGAAACUCAGGAUCGAGUAUGUCUUUAGUGUUCCUACGACGUGGAAUCGUGACGCCGAUACCUUGAACGAGGUCAAGCAAACCAUUCGCGAGGUUGUCGGCAAGACACAGUACAGAAGAGGUAUCAUUGGCAUGAGUGAAGCUGCGGCCUCGGCGGUGGAAACAGGACAGGACAGGUUCAAGAAAGGCGAUGUCGUCUUGGUCUGCGACACCGGUGGAGGUACAGCCGACGUCAACAUCUUCAAAUUCGUGUCCUCUGAAAGAGAGGCAGGACGCAUAAAGCCCUUGACGUAUGAUGAAGGUGCCCCUGCUGGAGCAGCAAGUAUCGAUCAAGCUGCUCUCGACCAUUUGAUAUCGAAAAUGAGAAGUAUUGAGAACCUAGGCAAGGACAGUGUUAUCUGGGCCUUGGAGGCCGUUCAAGCAGGCUUUUCAAACAUCAAACACGACUACGGCAGAUCGAAACAAGAGGGAUAUUACCUCUUGCCUGUACCCGGCAUGAACGGCCUUCAACCUCCAUCGGAGGACUUUGAGUUGGGUGGAAAAGGGUCGCAGGAGAUUUGUUUCCGAAUACGCCCAAAGCUCCUCGAAGAGUGGUUCAACACCGCCGUCAAUGACAUACUGGCAAUAAUCGACAGUCAACUAGAGGCAUUGGCUAGGGAACACAAGGGCGAGAAAAUCGACCGUGUCGUACUAUCCGGAGGAUUCGCAUGGAACGUCUACUAUCAAGAUCGGAUGAAGGCGUAUUUCAGCAACAAGAAACGAGAAAAGCAUAGGUCGAUAUCUCUCGACUUGGACAUUCUUACUGCUCCUGAACCAGAACUAUCCGUCGUCCAAGGACUGGUACACAACAGGGUCCGAGAACUGAAGGGUCUAGGACCUAUAUUCGAAUCGGUCUGUUGUCCGGUUAGCUACGGAGUCGUCUUUGCCGAAAGGUACAACUCUCUCAAACAUUCUCGACAAGGAGACGUACCCGAGAUAUCUGCAUUGGACGGCAAAAAGUACAUUCAAGGUCAAAUUGAUUGGAUCAUUAAGAAGGGAAUCCCAAUCCCCAGCAAAGGAAUCAAACGUGAAUACGAUAUCGUUUUGAACGAAAAGGCCGAAAAGUUGCCCCGAUCGUUCCAGAUCGUCACCACCGACCACCCUCGAGACCGUUUACCUCCCAACGUCAGUCACAGCGCCGUGAAACCAGUUUGCGAAAUCACCAUCGACUUGACAAAAUUAAAAGUGACCAACAAACCACAGUCCACCAGUACCUUUGGAGCUUUGUCGAAUAAGAUAAAAGCAUCAACUCCCUUGAUCAAACGAUCCAUUUCCAACGCCACUUCUGGCCCUGCUCCUCCUAUUUCGUCCGCCCUAGGUACGAGUGGUGGCGGUAGUGGUACUGCGGCGGCCACAACGACGCCCACCACCAAAGAAACAAGUUUCGAUUUGUUUCUUCUCGUUGGAGCCUCGGACUUGAGAUUCGAAAUCAAACCUAGAGGUGAACCUGAUAUCCUGGCCAGUUCGGAACAUGAUCAGAUCGACGUGGUGUGGGCUCAAGACGACACCCUAACCAGGACGUCCACGGCGACAUCACGGACGGACGAUUUGCUGUUGAAAAGGUCCUGAUGAACCUUGCUGGCGGUGCUCCCCUUCUUACUCCUCUCGCCUCCCCCUCCUUCUCCUCCUCAUAGUCCCUGAUGGGAUUUCUCUUCAUGAUACAAAGCAGACAACGAUCAAGAGUUGGGACAGCUGGUGACAUUACAUGUCAAAUCAACGAUCACUUUUCAAUACAAUGAUUGGAAAAUCUUUGUCAAAGUCUCUCAAUGGUUCAUCAUUCAUCUUACAGUAUAUACAAUAACAUAAGUCAUAAGGACAUUAAUAUACUAUUCAAUAGUAUCUAG